AAUAACAGCUGAAGAGUCUUUGCCGAGUAAUUUGUCCGACGUUUGUAGUUUGGUCAGAUGAAGCCUUUUAUUUGUACGGAAAGGACAUAAAUGUGUAUUUUGAUGUUUUCGUAUUUCGUUUGAUGAUUUAAAACGAUGGAUUUUUUACGCUCGUUCAGCAGUUCACACAACCCUUGGAUGGUUAGCACACGCUUAAAAUGGCAGAUUAUGUUUUUAAUUCUCUGCUUUUAUGGAAUGGACGUCGUCUUUUGCAGUGCGCGAUAUUCUAUACCUGAGGAAAUGCCAGAGGGAUCAUUUGUUUGCAACAUCGCUAAGGACCUGGGGAUUGAGAUAAGUAGACUCAUAUCUGGAAAAGCUCGCGUUGUAACAAAGGGCGGUAGACAGUACGUUGACUUGAGCCGAGACAAAGGCACUCUAGUUAUUAAAGAAAGGAUUGAUCGCGAGGAGCUCUGUAAGCAAACAACGCCUUGCAGCUUUAGCUUCGAUCUUAUCGUUGAAAACCCCAUUCAGUUGCAUCGGGUCACCGUAGAGGUGCAAGAUAUUAACGACAAUGCACCGUUGUUUCCGAAAGAAUAUGUUAAUAUAAGUAUAGCUGAAAACGCAGUAUUGGGAGCUCGCUUCCCUUUGGAUAGUGCUAUAGACACAGAUGUAGGCCUAAAUGGUAUACAAAGCUAUAAAUUACAUCCAAGUGAUAGGUUUAAACUGGAUGUUCACAGCCAGACCGAUGGCAGCAAAUACAUUGAGAUGGUUUUACAGCGCGAGCUGGAUCGGGAAGAACUACAUCAGAUUAAAUUGAUUCUAGUUGCAACUGAUGGUGGCUCACCUCAGAAAUCAGGCACAGUAAAAAUACAUGUUACUGUGGUGGAUGUUAAUGAUAAUGCUCCUGUGUGUAAACAGCUCGUUUUUAAAACUGAAGUUAGUGAAUUUUCUACUUCUGGUACUGUCAUAGGUACUGUUAGCGCUAAUGAUGCUGACGAAGGGGUAAAUGGCCACGUUUCGUAUUCCUUAGCCCUUGCAAACAAAAAAGCAAGAGAGCUUUUCGAGAUAAAUUCAAAUACAGGAGAGAUUACACUUUUUGCUAAUUUAGAUUAUGAAUCUCAAAAUAAUCAUCAAUUAAAAAUUUAUGCAAGAGACAAAGGAGGCCUCUCUGAUACGUGCACAAUUGUUAUAGAUGUUAUUGAUGAAAAUGAUAAUUCUCCAACAAUACAACUAAUGUCCUUUUCAAACACAAUUCCUGAAAAUGCCCCAGUAGGAACGACUAUAGCUGUCAUAAACGUAGAAGAUGCCGAUUCUGGUAGAAAUGGUGUUGUUGAGUGUUCAAUAAAUCAAAACAUCCCAUUUAAGAUUGAAUCAUCUCUCUCUGACUAUUACAGCUUGAUCACUGAUGACAUGCUUGAUCGAGAAAGUCUUGCUGAAUAUAACAUUACGAUCCUGGCAUUAGAUCAAGGAACUCCACCACGGUACGCUAACAAAACUGUUACAGUGAAAAUUUCCGAUGUCAAUGACAACACGCCUAAAUUUGAUUCGGAAGAUUAUAAAACAUUUAUUAACGAAAAUAACUCUCCUGGCAUACCUAUUCUGACUGUUAAAGCACAUGACGCUGAUUCAGGUCCCAAUGCGCAAUUAGCUUAUUUUUUAAAGGAUGUAGAUAUGCACGGGGCACGACUAGACUCUUUCGUUUCAGUAAAUUCUGAAACUGGCGCAAUUCACGCAGUAAAAUCGUUUGACUUUGAACAUCUGAAAUCUUUCGCUUUUAACGUGACAGCUCGAGAUGGAGGGUCCCCACCCUUAAGCUCGGAGGUGACGAUAAACAUAAAUAUUCAGGAUCAGAAUGACAACGCUCCUCAGGUUCUGUAUCCUCUGCAAACUGCUGGUUCUAUGGUGGCUGAGAUUGUGCCUCGUUCUGCGGAUGUUGGUUAUCUGGUCACUAAAGUUGUGGCUGUUGAUGUGGACUCUGGACAGAAUGCCUGGCUCUCCUAUAAACUACAGAAAGCUACAGACAGAGCGCUGUUUGAAGUGGGUUUACAGAAUGGAGAAGUAAGAACUGUGCGGCAGGUGACUGAUAAAGAUGCUGUGAAACAAAAACUCACCGUUGUUGUGGAGGAUAACGGACAGCCCUCACGCUCAGCUGUGGUCACCAUUAAUGUGGCAGUUGCUGAUAAUUUUCCUGAAGUGCUUUCAGAAUUUACGGACUCUGGAUAUACCAAAGAAUAUGAUGUGAACCUGACAUUUUAUUUAGUUCUUGCGCUGGCUGCUGUCUCUUUCCUGUUCAUUACUUGCGUAGUUGUUAUAAUGUCAAUAAAAAUCUACAAAUGGAGACAAUCACGCAUCUUCUAUCAAUCCAAUCCACCUGUUAUUCCAUACUACCCACCAAACUACACAGAUACAGGAAUUACUGGACCUCUUCCACACGGAUAUAAUUAUGAAGUGUGCAUGACUACAGACUCGAGGAAAAGCGACUGUAAGUUUUCCACGCUCGGCGGUCAGAAUGUUGUGGUGAUGGAUCCAAGUUUCACAGAAACUAUGCAGCGCGCAAUGAAAGACAUCAACUGCUUGGAAGACCCUAGUUUGCCCGAAAUGGUAAGACCAGAAAAUCAAAUUAAAAUGUUGAUGUAAUAUUGACCACACAUG